GACGAUCGCCACGCGCGCAUCACGUAUCGACGCCACUCCGGAAAACGCGCGACAAAAAUGUUUACGCGAAAACUUAUUUUAAUACGCAGAAAAUAAUUACGCGUGUGAUCGAUUGCUCUAAUUUUUGUGCCUGAAGUGAUUACAUGAACUUGUGUAUAAAAUAACUAAAUUAUGGACUCCAAAACCCCGACCAGCUCGUCGCCACCGCCGCGGCCCGUAAAGAAGGAGAAUGAAGAAGAAAUCAAGGAGUUCGCGGAGACAGCCAUGAACGAACUUCUGGGCUGGUACGGCUAUGAGCGGCUGGAGUUACGACGCUGGGCCGCCUCCCGCGCGACUGACGGCAGUCCAGACCAAGCUAACGACCUGAAGAAUAAAGACGAAUGCUCAUGGUGCAAUAAGAGCAUCACUGGCGAGGGCGGAGCCCUACAGCAGGCAGGGGCUGCGUUCUGCUCCGAGCUGUGCUUCAGCCAGUCUCGGAGGGCCAACUUCAAGCGGGCCAAAACGUGUGACUGGUGCCGACACGUCCGGCAUACUGUGGCUUACGUCGAUUUCCAGGUAGACGGUGCUACGCAGCUUCAGUUUUGUUCCGACAAAUGCCUAAACCAGUACAAGAUGCACAUAUUUUGUCGCGAGACACAGGCGCACCUCGAUCUUAAUCCUCACUUAGUGAGCGCCGCCUCAACGUCCAACCUAAUCACACCAGAGCUAUGGCUGAAGAACUGCAAAAGCAGAUCAGCCUCACCCACGUCAGAAAGAUCUGGAUCCCCAAAUCCUGAAACUACAAAACAAACCAAUCCAGAAAAAAUAGAAGAACACAAAAUACAGAAAGUUCAAAUACGUAAAUCGCCACCAUUGCCACUCAUAACUGUAGCUCCGACAGAAAAACUGAUGAAGCCAAAGGGAUCUUCGGAAGAAAGAAUUCCGCCCCAAAAAGCGCCGGAGACGAAAAAAGAAACUAUUAAAGGAACAAAGAUGAAUUUGCGAAAGCGGAGGACGUCGAAAUGCUCAGCUACAGUGACAUCCCAAACUGUGAGGCGGCAGACGUCAACGCCGAAGGCGCAAGAUCUACGAAUGUGUAGCCCUUCAGUGGACGGGUCUUCCCCUGCUUCUACCACGGGGCACAGUGCCAUUCACUCCCCACCGCAUCCCGUUAAUCCCCACCCCCCGCCUCCACACUUUCCUAACCCUAUGUUUGGGAUGCCACCGCCAGUUUUCAUGGACACGGGUCCAGGCAAUGAACAUAGGCAUCCAAUAUUUCCUCCGAGACUAAAUUUCAUGCCACGACCAGGCAUGCCGAUGCCCCAUGAAAGGCCACGAAUUCCACCGCCUCCUAAUUUCCCACCAGCUUUCGGCCAAGCGCCUCCUGUCACUGUUUUAGUUCCCUAUCCUGUUGUAUUACCUAUUCCUCUUCCUAUCCCUAUCCCGAUACCUAUAACCUCAUUUAUACAAGCACACUGCGCAAAUAAAGUCAAAACUGAAGUUAGGAAUGAUGAUAAUGAUGCACCCUUAGAUUUUACAAUUAAUAGUGAUAAAAACAAAGAAAGAGAAGGUAGUGAAACGAACGUUAGCGAAAAUCUUACGGAAUCUACAGAUGACAAAACCGUUGAUCAUGAAGAAAAUAAAGACUUGAAUGAUCGUUUGGAAAAUGAAGAACAAACUGAAGGUGAAAGUACUGAAGGAGGCAAUCCCGAGCAAACAUUGCCCAAAUUUAAAAUUACUAGGCUAGGGAAUAAAAUGGCGAAAAUUGUAACAAAACCCAGGGAGCCCACAGAAGCGCCAAGACCGUUACGAAAACGUCGGAGAUUGGUGGACGUGGCCGCGGAGGACGAAGCCCUCAUUCCAAAAACACGUAAAAUUGUUCAAGUUUAACAUCUCCUAAUAAAAAUCUAAUUAAUGUCAUAAUUUCAAUAGUCUUCAUACAUAUCACAAAAACACGAUACCUAAUCAACAGCGUUCAAUAACCUGUGAAUUUGCUAGUCUUUAGCGGUAAGAUUUAAUCUUUUUAUCAUAAUCGCAGGGCCACUAACAUAAAUACAGAUUAUACCUAAUUCUAAGUAUAAUAAAAGGGUUGUGGCUCUGUCAAAUCGUUAGACGCAUUGUAAAUGUGAUAUUAGUAACUUAUUAUUAACGUCUAUGUAUUACAUGUAAUAAAGUAUUAAUAAUUAAA